AUGCCCGGAAGACGCGUGUCAUCAAGUAGACCACGUUCUCAAACACUAUCAGGAGACGAAGGAGACAUAGAUUUCAAGCACUCUCAAGGCAGCAGCGAUGACCACAACGAAUCUCCAAGAACGUUCGCAGUCGUCGCAGCGGAGUUUAAAGCGACAUGGGAGAAAAAGCUAAGGGGACGCGACGAUAAGAUAGUACAGACAACACAAAAGGAACUCCACCUUGCUCUCCAGAACAAGGAAACCGAAAUCGCUAACAUCAUAAACGAGAUGGAGGCCCUUCAUCAGGAUUUCCUCGAACAAUAUGCGAUUCUAGAAGAUAAGAAGCGCAAAAUCACAGCUGCGAUUGCUGAAGUACAGGAAGAACUUAUACCACUCGCGGUCAAACACCACCAAGAGAUCAUCAGCCUUGGACACGAGGUCGAGAACGGCCAACUGGAAGGGAUGGCCCUCAUCAAGGGUGCUUCCACGCGGGAUAUUGCCCAGGAACUAGGCACGUUGCACUUCGAUUGCUAA